AUGUCAGAUCAAGAGGAAGAAGAAAUUACUCGUUGUGUCUGUGGAGAACAGGAACCAGCUGACGAAUCAGGUCUAUAUAUCCAAUGUGAACAAUGUUCAGUAUGGCAGCAUGGAUUUUGCGUCGGCAUUGUUGAAGACGUUCCUGAUGAAUACUGGUGUGAGCAAUGUAAACCAGAGUUACAUAAUUUGUAUACUGAUGAAGAGGGCCGUAAAAGAUCACAUUAUUUACCUGUUCAAGAAGCUCCAAAACAAGAAUCAGAUCAUGAAAUAGUUGAACCUCAAGAAAAUUUAGUUCCAGAAGAGACUCAACCUGAAGUAAAGAAUGAUGACGUAGAGGAGGAAGAACAACCGGAAUUCAAUGAACCAGAACAAAAUACAGAAUCUAUUACUAAUGAAAAUGAGGAAGAAUUUUCGGAAGAAAAUGAUUUGCAUGCAUUAAGUAAGAGAGCAAGUCGCUCUUCUAGAGAGGAACAGCAAUAUCAACGUAUGUUAGAACAAGCUAUUAAAGAAAGCCAAAUGGAUGCGCCUGGUGAUGAAGUUGAUGAAAAUACCCCAAAAGUAGAGUCUGAAUUUGUUGAGCAGGAACCUGUGGAGGCGAAGGAAUCAAGUUCUGUUAAGCCACUUGAAGAUAAUACCGUCACCACUGAAGCAGAAUCACAAACUGAUGCUCUCGAUGAUGAAUUAAAUCAAUCACCAAAGGUAGUCACAGAUGAUGAAAACACAGUGCCGACAAAGGAAAAACAAAAAGUGAUAAGGAAGCCUAAUAGAAUCACUAAGAAGCCAAGAAGAACUAAUAGCAGAAGAAACCUCACUGAGAGACGUAAUAAUUCUAAUUCUAAAUCCAAGGAUAAACUGGCAGAUGUGACAACUAGCAACUCGGUAAAACCCAGAUUACCCACACAAAGAACUACCAUGAAUGAAAUGAGAAGGAGAACAUCAGCUAUUUUAGAAUUUAUAUCUAGGACACAGUGGGAUUUAGAGAAUGUACAGCAGGAAAGAGAUGAUUUAAUACGAUUUGUUGAAAAUGACCAGUUUAUUGAGAAGAUUGAUACCAUAUUUUCUCAAAAUAAGGAAACAUUGAACAUAAUGAACGAUUUAACUCAAAAACUAUUAAAUUGGGAAAAAAAUUAUUCGAAAGAGAGAUAG